UACCUGCCUACUCUGGUCGGCGCGGGGUGGGCGCAGGUGAGGCUGAGCGGCUGGGUUUCUCCUUGCUUUGGAGGUGGCAGAUCCCUUGUCCUUGUGGAAGUGAAUCUUGAGGGCGAGCUGAUGAACGAGGACAUACGCAUCCAUACCUGGCCCUGUUCUUAUUACUUGGACACUGAGAAACGAUGGGUCUCCGGCAGACUCUCUCUGACUCCUGUCGCAGUCAAAUUUACAGCUGACAAGACAGGAGAGCUCCUGGUCCACUUCCACCUGUCCAGCAUCAGUGAGAUCAAGAAGGAGUCUUCCAAUUUAAUUUUCAGCUCCCUCACACUCCUGGAGAAGAACACCAAGCACUGGUUCAGCUCCCUCCAGCCCAGUAGAAAUGUGGUCUUCAACAUCCUUGAACACUUUUGGCGGGAGCAGCUGCUAUCGCAGAAUGGAGCUGGUGCCCAAGCGUCUUUGGAGAUGACCAAGGGGAAAGAACUAACCGGCUUGCUGGCCGGAUCCCAGCAGCGGCUGGAGGACACGGCCAAGGUGCUGCAGUACCAGGGCGAGCAGUUUGAUAAUAUCGUGAAAGGACUGAACAAGAUCGAGUCUGACAUGGACGUAGCCGACAGAUUGUUGACUGAACUCGAAUCUCCUUCUUGGUGGCCGUUUAGCAGCAAACUCUGGAAAUCGCCACUGGAAACGAAGCCAAAGGAAACUGCCACAAUUUCCACCUCGAAGAAGCAAGAGGAAGUUCUUCUCAGGAUCCCAGUUAUCAUCACCCACAGAACAGACGCUAGCGUCAAGCCAGGAAAACUCACGCUCCUGGUUUCUGGCUUGGAAAUCAGUGACAGCAAUUCUCAGGUCAUUCACCGGUUUGAAUUGAAAGACGUGGAUGAUAUCAAAGUGCAUACACCGUAUGAGAUCAGUGUUCGUCAGAGGUUUAUUGGCAAGCCAGACAUCUCUUACCAGCUGCUGUCAGCAAAGAUGCCAAAUGCCAUCCCGAUCUUGGAAAUGCAGUUUAGCAAGAAGAUCCAGUUUCUGGAGGAUGCGUUGGGAUUUGUCUCCACGAGGAAGUCUCCCCAGGUGGAUUUGGGCAGUUCCAUUUGGCAAGCAGCCACUGGGCUUAUUGAAAGCGUGGCGCAACCCGGACCUUCAUCAGGAGAAGAAGGUGGCAGCAGCAGGCAGGUUCAAAUCCAAAAGCAAGACCAAGUCUCGGAGUCAGAGACGCAAGAAAUGAGACAGAUACUGAGGAAGCUGAAGAGUCUUGCGCUGGAAACAGAGACGGAACUGGAAAGGCACGAUGAAACUCUUGACACCAUCACUUCCUCGGUGGACCGGGCAACUUGGACCAUCGACAAGCAGAACCGCAGAAUCAGGAAGCUGACGUAGGCCUACAAGGAGCCAGUGGGGAUGGUACCGCAAGACAGAUGAAUAGGGGAGUCACAUCUUAAACAGACUGUUUAUUUAGGGAAUAUUUGAUUGUCUCAAAUGACCAUGCUGCUAGUGAGGAGUUUCUGGGGGGAGGGCAUUAUGCAGACGUUCAGACAAGGGACAUUCUUAAAGACUGUUUUAGGAUGAAAAAGGCCUAAACCUUGAAUCCUGGUGAAACAGUGACAGUAAAAUCUGUGCUGCAGAAAAUAGUUAUAAAAGGCUGCGAUUUCAUCAGAUUUGACUGUGUUGUAGGUUAAGUUACUGCAUUUGGAAAGUAACUUGGCCAGAGUUGAAGAUUAGGAGUAGAAGAGGCACAAAGGAGGCUAUUUGAGACAAUGCCACCCCAGUCACUUUUGUUAGCUGUCCAAGAGAUGAAUGCAGAGCGCACUAUACAACACUAAAUGUCAGGUGCCCCAUUGCAAAUUACUGUAUGUUCACAGAUUAGCAGCUAAGUGAACAAGAUGAUUCAAGAUGCUGAAAACCAUCUGUGUGUUGUGCAUGCAUGGUUUUAAUUGCCUCCUGGUACAGUGUUUGGUAAGGGUAGAGAAAUCUAAGCAGUACAAGAGCUCACCACAACCUUUCAGCUCUUCGGGAAGUGAGUAGGGAUGAACGCAUUGCCUGCGUGAAUCGGUGAGGUUUCCAUUCAGUGCAGAAUCCAGCUGAGCAUUAUCUCCAGGUAAGUGUCUAUUUAAUGAGGUGCUUACCGAGCAGAAGUGUUGAAGCAAAGCAGGUGCUUCCCUUUCCCAAAAGGGAAAUCUGACCUUUUCAUGUUCAUGUACUGCUACUUUGACCUUUAUAUUGAAUGCCUGCUGCCAUCGUCACAAGGACAGAGAGCAUUAUAAUUGAGUUGCAUUAGAAUUGCCUGAAGCAUGCCAAUCUAGCUUGUGAGUCUCUUGGAGCACAUCGUGUCUGCCCACAGGGAUCCUGGAUUAUGUAGAACAAGUUUGGGUCAUCAUAAGGUUUUUUGCCCUUCGGACAUAUGAUGGAUUGACACAGACUCUCCUUGGCACAAGGGAUAUUGUUUCUGUCUUCUCUAACCCAUCUUGAAUACAGAAGAAGAAACCCUAAUGACCCUAAAGAUCUGGAGCAUCAUUACUGUAUCCCAGGUCUGUAGGUUCAAUGUCAACUGGUCAAUGCUGAAGAUGUUCCAAGUGCCCCUUGAUAAUUAGGGAAAUAAUGUGAUCGGACAACCCUUCCUCUGGUCUGUUAUUUCUUUUUAAUAGCUAUGACAUGUGGGGACAAGAGUUCCUGUGAAGGAAAGUCUUUGGUGUUACUGCAAUGUGGUUAAAAAAAAAAAGGGAACGGUUGUAAAUAUUGUAUCUAAACUACUGGUUUUAGUAAAUUUAUGAUAUAGCUGUUAUUUAUUACAGUUCAAGGCAGAAGCAUUGCAUAAACUAGGUCCCAUGUAGUUUAUCAGUUGCUUAUAAUGGAGCGCUUGAGUCGUUCUUACCAUUAUGCAUUUCACUUUUCUCUCUCUUACAGCCCGCCAGUCACUUUGCUUUCAAUAAAACUGUGAAACCUUGUAAUUUCAAAUAACCCAAUGAAUUUUCUGCAGAUCCAGCAUGCAGUUUUACAGGUGCAAUCUUUUUACAUGCAGACAUUUUGAAAUGGAUACUCCUACUGACGUGGCAGGGAGUUGUCCACCUUUCAGAAUAAUGCUGCUCGUCUUUGAAGGAUUAUCUAGUAACUGCCCCGGACUUAAAUCUUGCAGACAACAUACUUCAAUGUAACAGCUUGUUAAUUUUCGAGUGACUUGUAUUUUUGCAUUGAAAAUAUUUUGAUCAUUUCCUAAGUUGUGACCAUGGCAUGCAUUCAUGCCUUGCUACAUGUUUCUGAAUAUAGUGAUAUUUAGGCCAUGUGAAAUGGAUAAAUGAAGUACAUACCAUAUGGUAAAGUAUACUGUCUGAGGUAUCCGUUUCUUGUUCCUUUUAAAUGUCCCAAGUCACCCCUGUCUUAACGUGAGAGGAAAAUAUGUUUACAAGACUAUUUUAUUGAACUAGUUUAGAAACGCACUUUGCACAAAACGUACUUUUCUGCAUUAGGGAAUUUUGGACUUGGUGCUGAUUUGAAGUUGAUUCCUUGCCUGAAGGAUUCCAGAUCAGGAUUGCCAAAAUCAGGAGUACGUGUAUUUAACUGCAUCUGCCUUUUCCUUUUUUGUCAUGGCGUAUCAUUCACUACUCUUUAAUUUAAGUUGCAGCACUUAAUUCCGUAUCGUGUGUUUGCAUUGGUCUGCUGUGAUCAUAUGUAAACACAAUCGUUCUGAUAUCAUCACAACACUAGUGAACUAUUGUAGACUUGGAUAUUUGUUGUCUGGUUGAAUUCCUCAGCUUGGAGCACAGUUUGAUUCUGUAAUUUAUUCUUUACUCUUAUUAAAAUAUCUUGGAAUAGCAA